CUCUCCACUUUAUAAAGCACUUCACCUUUGCUCCCACUCCUCCACUGACUUUCACCACCACCGUCACUAGCGGCGCCGUCACAAAAUGUCGUCAACGGAGUCUCUCAUCCUCCAACUCCAUGAAAUCUCCGCCGUUAAAUUCGGUAACUUCAAGCUGAAAUCUGGGAUCUUCUCCCCUAUCUACAUAGACCUCCGUCUCAUCGUCUCUUACCCUUCCCUCCUCCACCAAAUCUCCCACUCCCUCCUCUCCUCUCUCCCUCCCCAAACACACUUUAACCUCAUAUGCGGUGUCCCUUACACUGCCCUCCCUAUAGCCACCUCCAUCUCUCUCGACACCUCCAUCCCCAUGCUCAUGCGCCGCAAAGAAGUGAAAGACUACGGAACUGCCAAGUCCAUCGAAGGUGUUUACGAAAAGGGUCAAGCUUGUUUGGUGGUGGAAGACCUCGUAACGUCCGGUGCAUCGGUUCUCGAAACGGCGGCACCGCUUCGGUCUUUGGGUAUCAACGUAACGGAUGCCGUCGUGGUUAUAGAUAGGGAGCAAGGCGGAAGGGAAACGCUGGAGGAGAAUGGGAUUAAACUUCAUGCACUUUUUACUUUAACUGAGAUGGUCAAGGUUUUAAGAUCUAAAGGGAAGCUGGAGGAAGAGAUGGAAAGUUUGGUUAUGAAGUUUUUGGAGGAGAAUAAGAAAGUACCCGUGCCUAAGGUUGAGAAAGUGAGGAUUAAGUGUCUGGGGUAUCAAGAAAGGGCUAAGAUUUCUAAGAAUCCAACUGGGAAAAAGCUGUUUGAGAUUAUGGUUAAGAAAGAGAGUAAUCUCUGUUUGGCGGCUGAUGUUGCCACUGCUGCUGAGUUGCUUGAUAUUGCUGAGAAGGUUGGACCUGAAAUUUGCCUAUUGAAGACUCAUGUUGACAUAUUCCCUGAUUUCACUCCAGAGUUCGGUUCUAAGCUUCGUGCGAUUGCAGAAAAACAUAACUUCAUGAUAUUUGAAGACCGUAAAUUUGCAGACAUCGGUAACACAGUAACAAUGCAGUAUGAAGGGGGUAUCUUCCGUAUUUUGGAAUGGGCUGAUAUUGUUAAUGCUCACAUAAUCUCUGGUCCUGGAAUUGUUGAUGGUUUGAAAUUGAAGGGUCUGCCUCGUGGUAGGGGGCUGUUGCUACUUGCUGAAAUGAGCUCUGCUGGUAACCUUGCCACGGGAGACUACACAGCUGCUGCCGUAAAAAUUGCCGAACAACACUCCGAUUUUGUCAUCGGUUUCAUCUCGGUCAACCCCGCAUCUUGGCCUGGUGCACCUGUAAAUCCAGCAUUCAUUCAGGCAACCCCUGGAGUUCAAAUGGUAAAGGGUGGCGAUGCCCUCGGCCAACAAUACAACACUCCGUAUUCAGUCAUCUUUGAUAGGGGUAGCGACAUAAUAAUCGUUGGUCGGGGAAUCAUUAAGGCAGCGAACCCAGCUGAGGCAGCUCGUGAGUACCGUCUUCAAGGAUGGGAAGCCUACAUGGCUAAAUGCACUUAGAGGGUAUCUUAUCUUUUAAGUAUGUUACGUCCCUAAUAACAUAAGAGCCAAAUUUUGUUGAAUCUAUCUAUGAUUUUGCAUCAUUGGCUUGUUAUAUUUGUAAUACUUGUUGAGGGAGAUCUUUGGGAUCCCAUUACUGUUUUCAUCCUUGUUUGCUGAGGGCUAUAUAUAUGCAAUUUCUUCUAUGUUUUUUUCAAUAAAUUUUGGUAAGUUAUGUCUA